UGCACGCCUGCUGCCAACGACUUCCAACAAGCUCCUCCUCUCGAGCUCUCCCGGCCUUUCGAACGCUCCACUCCCCGGCCCGCCACCGCCAUGCCCCUCCCCGGCGGCAAAGGCGAGCUGCCUCCCCCUCCUCUGCCGCUCCCCUCGCUCAUCAAGCUCGGCCGCGCCGUCACCGCGCGCCACGUCGACCGCCUCCUGGCCGCCCUCCUCCGCCGCCGCAAGCACCGCCUCCUAGCCGCGCUUGCCUCCCAGGCGCUCGCCAACGCCGUCGCCCCCACCCCGCGUACACACCUCCUCACUGCCUCUGCGCUGCUCGACUCCGCACACCCACGCGACGCGGCACAGCGCCUCGCGCUCGCCUCUUCGGCGCCCGCCUCCUGCGCCAGCCGCUGCCUCUGGGGCGCGCUGCUCCGCCGGGCCUGUGCCGGGUCCGGCGACCCGCACCACGCGCUGGAGCUGCUCGCCGCCGCCGUUGAGGACCACGGCGCGGUGCUUUCCCCGUCCACGUACCGCGUGAUGGUGGUGGGGCUGUGCGCCCGCGGGGAGGUGGAUCGCGCGCUCAAGGCGUUCGACGUAAUGACCGAGAGGGGUUGUCAGGUGGACGAUCGUGUUUGCAGCUCCAUCGUUUCUGGAUUCUCCAGGGCCGGGAAGGCCGGGGCGGGGUUGGAGUUCUACAAGAGGCUGAGGAGCGAAUUCAGUGGGUUUGAGCCAGGCCUGGUGACAUUGACGUCUGUUGUUCAUGCGCUUGGGUUGGAGGGGAGAAUUGUUGAGAUGGCAGAACUGCUGCGGGAGAUGGAGUGCAAGGGCAUGGGUGCUGAUGCGGUGCUUUACAGCAGCAUGGUUCAUGGAUUGAUGAGUCGUGGGUUCUUGAUGGAAGGGCUUCGGGAGCAUCGGUCAAUGUUAGAUAAGGGCAUCACAGCCGAUGUGGUUAACUACACUACUGUUAUUGAUGGUCUGUGCAGAGAAGGUAGCGUGGAGAAAGUAAUAGGGUUCUUGGAUGAGAUGGAGCGACGAGAUGCCAAGCCAAAUUUGAUUACUUAUACAUCACUUGUGAGGGGUUUCUGCAAGAGAAACAGGUUGGAAGAUUCUUUCUCUAUUUUAAGGCAACUGAAACAAACAGGCAUGGUGGUGGACGAGUAUGUAUAUUCGAUUUUGAUUGACAAUUUGUGUAAAAAGGGAGAUUUGGAUAGGGCUUUCUCUUUGCUCGAUGAGAUGGAGAAUAAGGGGGUAAAGGCUGGCAUUGUAACAUACAACGCAGUAAUGAAUGGUCUAUGUAAGGCUGGCGACACUGAAAAGGCCGUCGAAAUCUUUGAAGGUGUUGCUGCUGAUAACUUCACAUAUAGCACACUAUUACAUGGUUACAUGAACAGAGAUGAUGCAACUGGUGUUAUGGCAAUAAGGGGCAGACUUGAGAGUAGUGGGAUUUCCAUGGAUAUUGUCACAUGCAACGUCCUUGUCAAAGCAUUGUUUAUGAUUAACAAGGUGGAUGACGCCUGGAGCUUGUUUCAUAAAAUGCCUGAGAUGGGCUUAAGACCUAAUACUAUUACCUACCAUACAAUGAUAGACAUGAUGUGUAAACUUGAGAAAAUUGACAAGGCACUGGAAUUAUUUGAUAAAUAUAAGAAAGAUUCAUCAUUGUCCAGUACUGUUGUUCAUGAUUGCCUGAUUAGAGCACUAUGUAAUGGGAGAAAAGUUGACAUGGCUGACCAAAUAUUUUAUGAUCUUGUUCAGAAAAAAUUAAGGCCUGAUUACUGUAACUGCAGGAAGUUGAUUCAUGCUCAUUUCAAAGAACGCGGUGAACAUGGUGUGCUGGAUUUCAUUUUUAAGGUUGGUGAAUUAGAUAUUGACUUAUUUUCAUCUGCUUGCAAUUAUGCUUCUGCUUUCUUAAGCAGCAGGAAUUGUUGUCAAGCAGCAAUGGAUGCUUAUAAGUUACUCAGGAUGCAAGCCAUUCCUGUAACUAGUAAAACAUGCUAUAAGCUACUCAAGAGCUUACACCGAAAUGGAAGUGAAGAUGUCAUAAAACCAUUGUUAUGUGAGUUCAUUAAGAUUCAUGGCUUGCAUGAACCUAGAAUGAUUAAUAUGCUGUCUUGUCAUCUUAGCAAGAGAAGUGUUAGUGAAGCUAUUUGGUUUUCCAAUUCCAUGGAUAAUGUCAGUGUUCCUGUCAGUGUUCUGAGAGGAGCUGUCUAUGCUCUAAAGAAGCAGGGUGAAGUACUGGAUGCAUGCAACUUUUUGAAGGAAGCUGAAAAAAAUGGGUUUUCAGUAGAUUUAGCCAUGUACUCCAUAGUGGUGGAUGGCCUUUGUAAAGGUGGAUAUCUUGAAAAAGCAUUAGACCUCUGUGAAAGCAUGAAAAAAGAGGGGCUUUGUCCAAACAUUGUCAUCCAUAACUCAGUUCUCAAUGGUUUGUGCCAACAAGGAUGCCUUACUGAAGCAUUCAGGCUCUUUGACUACCUAGAAAGCAGCAAGAUGCUUCCCACAAUGAUCACUUAUACCAUACUUAUAGGUGCUUUGUGCAGAGAAGGUCUGUUGGAUGAUGCAUAUCAAUUGUUUCAGAAAAUGUCCAACAAGGGUAUGAGACCCACAACCCGUGUUUACAACUUGCUGAUAAGUGGUUACUGUAACUUUGGAUUAACUGAAAAAGCACUAGAGCUUAUGUCUCAUUUGGAGGAACUCUUUCUACUACCAGAUUGUUUUACACUUGGUUCAGUUAUUAGUGGACUCUGUCUGAAAGGUGAUACUGAAGCUGCAUUAAGCUUCUUUAAUGAAUACCGUUAUAAGGAUAUAUUACCUGAUUUUGUUGGUUUCAUGAGCCUGAUAAAAGGACUCUACGCAAAAGGAAGGAUGGAAGAAUCCAGGGGCAUCUUGAGGGAGAUGUUUCAGUGCAAAGAAGUCGUGGAGUUAAUAAACAGUGUUGGAGAUAAGAUUCAAGCAGAGUCUCUUGUUGGCCUCCUAUCUUCCGCAUGUGAUCAAGGGCAGAUUGACGAAAUUGUGACUAUUCUAAAUGAAGUGGGACUCAUGUUUUUAUCCUCUUCAGAUUCUAGCAGUUAUAAUGCACUUGCACACCUCAAGAAGCUACAGAAAACUGAGGAUGCUUGUGAUUCCAUGACAGAUUCAGGACAAGUUUUAAGUCCAGUCGCUUAUGAUGUUUCUAGGAAUAGUAUUCAUAGGAGUUCUGAGCGCAUAGUUCAACCCAUGAUAGAUGGAGAUGAUAGUUUAUCUAAACUAAGUGAUGAUACUGAUAUUGACUACCACAAUUUGCUUGGGAAGUCUUUCGAUGAUGACUUCGACUCAUAUUAUGCUGCUAUCGCUUCACUUUGUUCGAAAGGGGAGGUGAUUAAGGCCAACAAAGCAAUUGAAGCAAUGAUCCAGAAUUCUGGUUAAAUUUGGUGACCCGUCCAACUUGUUAGGGAUUUCUCCCCAGAGUAUCAUCAUCUGCAAACAUAUAAACUUGCAAGCACAUCAUGCAUUUUAGAUACUGUCGAUACUUGGUGAUGCACUCUUAUCAAUGAUAUUCCAUGUGAGAAAUUUAUCCUGUGUUUUAUGUUGGCAAGGGCAACAUUUAUCAACAUGUUGCCGGUCUUGGCAGUUGGCAACAUAGGGGUUCACAGAAGUUGGAAUUUACAUUUUCACAUCUACAGACACCAAAUCAGAAGAGGAUCCUGACUGUCCACAGGCUUCAUCAGUUGAGAGGGGCCCGGCUGGUUGACAGACGGUACACAUCAGUAUGUUUGUGAAUAUAAUUGUGCAACGAAAAUGCAAAUGGUUCAAGAUUCUGAAAGUCCUUGGGGUUGAGGAUACAUCCUUUUAGAUUCAACUAGUUUACCACCCAUAGUCGAUUUCAUGUCUUUUAGGCGUGUUUUCUGCUCGAUGAACUGGCAUUGGUUUCUUCUUUUCAAUUUUCCCUGCCUGGACUGAGCAUAUUCUUCUAGACAGCAGACAACUACCGGGCCUCUACGAUAAAAACAUUGAAUUAUAGGAAUUGAGGAAAAGGGAAAGCCCGUAUAGCAGUGGGAUCUGCAGGAUAUAGUUGCUCCGACUUAUACUGGUUCUGUAAAUACAUGAAAGCAGAAGUGCUUGGUUGAAACUUCUGAAAUAGCAACUAUAGAUAUGAACUGGGUACAAUCAGGUGAUGAGUGCCAAAGUUAACACAGCUGGAGUGCUGGAGGAACUCUUGGAGAAUAGGUGGCCAUAUACCAUGAGUUCAUUGAGUUGGGAUUUGGGAGUCGAAAGUUGCUGAUAAACAACAGCCUUGCUUGCUUAUUUGAACAAAAUAUGUCACCAACAUCACAUACAAUCAGCACAUAAAGCAACCUCAGCGGCCGCCUCAGUGGUUGUUGUUGAGCCUCCUGCAGUUCUUCCUGAUCUCCCCCUGUGACC